GAUCGAUUAAUGCGACCUUUGAUGGUUGAAACUGUAUUUAAGUAGCAACAUUAGAUAUUUUAUGCAAUUAUUCCCUUACAAGAAAUCAUUGUGUAUAGUGAUAACAUUUGGAAAGAGGUGAUAUACUAGGAAGUCGUAGUUUUAAGUUCUGAAAAAAAAUUUUAAAGUGAUUGAUUUUUAUUUUGGGUGCUUUUAGAAUGACUGCAUUCAUACCAACUGAACAUCAACAUCAAAGGUAUAAUCCGUUGACUGGGGAAUGGGUUCUGGUUUGUCCACAUCGAAUGAAGAGACCAUGGUCAGGUCAACAAGAGCUUCCCCAGAAAAACAACCUGCCAGAAUUUGACCCAACAAACCCAUUAUGCCCAGGAGUUACCAGAGGCAAUGGUGAAAAAAAUCCGGUCUAUACUUCUACUUUUGUGUUUCCAAAUGAUUUUCCUGCACUGUUGGAAGAAGUUCCAGAGCCACCCGAAAGCGAUGAUCCCCUAUUUAAAAUUGCACCAGCUCGUGGUCAAUGCCGCGUAAUGUGUUUUCAUCCGAAAUCAAAUAAAACAUUACCUAUUAUGACUCCAAAAGAAAUACAGAAUGUUAUUACAGAGUGGAUUAAUCAAUUUAAUGAAUUGAAAACGAAAUAUGUUUGGGUGCAAAUAUUUGAAAAUAAAGGAGCAUCAAUGGGAUGUUCAAAUCCGCAUCCGCAUUGUCAAAUUUGGUCCAGUUCUUUUUUUCCUAGAAACCCGCAAAUUAAGGACUCCAAUUUAAGGCAAUAUUAUGAAGUUCAUGGAAGACCUAUGUUAGAUGAUUAUGUUGAAAAAGAAUUGCAGAAAAAAGAAAGAAUUGUUGUUUUAAACCCAGACUGGCUUGUGGUAGUACCAUACUGGGCUACUUGGCCUUUUGAAACUAUGUUGAUUUCACGUAACAAAAAUAAACGUAUAGAUGAUCUUACUAAGACACAAAUUGAGAACUUAGCGUUAACGAUUAAAGAAUUAACCACAAAGUAUGAUAAUUUGUUUCAAUGUUCAUUUCCAUACUCAAUGGGGUGGCAUGGAGCACCAACUUUUGAUAAAUAUACCGAAGAAAACACGAAACACUGGACUUUGCACGCAAUAUAUUACCCACCAUUACUUAGAUCAGCCACUGUACGGAAAUUUAUGGUGGGUUUUGAAUUACUUUGCCAAGGUCAAAGAGAUUUAACUGCGGAACAGGCAGCACAACGAUUAAGAGAAAUGGACGGAACUUAUCACUAUGAUGAAAUUGGAAGUAAAAUUUAGCAAGUUAAGGGGAAAAAAAAACCACAUGCGAUUUUAUUUAUUAGAAAUUUUAUUUAUAUAAUGUAUUUUGUAUAAAUACCAUACAGUUAAAAAUUUUAUUCUGGCACAUUUUUAAUUUGAAUAUAACAUAUUAUAUAUGUAUACAUAA